AGAAAGUGCGUUUUAGAACGAUUACUGGGGUCGAGCGAGCGAAAGAGAUUAUGCGGGCUGUACACAAUUGUUGUUUUAAUCCGCAGAGCAAAGAGAUUUAGCAAAAGAACCCACGGUUUUCUCCUUUAGCAGCCAUAUUGUAUGGACAAUUGGUGGAAAAAGCAGUAGGCUAUUUUAGCAGCAAAACUCACUUUCAAGAAGAGCCUUGCCAAGACUUUGAGAAAGUUUAUUUUCAACUCACUGGCGGUGGGAUUCCGUUCUAUAGCCAGCUGUCCAGCUGGUUGAGGAAUUUCACAGAUUGGGGAUCGUAUUUUAAAUAUAGAUUACUAUAUAUAUAUAUAUAUAUAUAUAUAUAUAUAUAAUUUUUUAAAAACUUGUUUUAUUAACAGUCGGCAAGAUGAAGGACCGAUUGGAACAACUCAAAGCUACAUGCGACAAUGACGAUGAGGAAGUGGAAAUUGCUAUUGACAAUGCAGCUUUUAUGGAUGAGUUCUUCUCUCAGAUCGAGGAUAUCAGGAACAGUAUUGAUAAGAUUGAUGAGAAUGUGUGUGAAGUCAAGAAGCUCUACUCAGUCAUCCUGUCUGCCCCCACAUCAGACCAGAAAACGCAGGAUGACUUGGAGGCUGUCACCAAUGACAUCAAGAAGAUGGCUAACAACGCCCGCAACAAACUCAAAACCAUCGAGAGGAAUCUGGAGUCUGAGGAAGAGGAGAGGAUUUCAGCUGACAUGCGGAUACGCAAAUCACAGCAUGCAGUGCUGUCCAGGAAGUUUGUGAACGUGAUGACUAAGUACAAUGAGGCCCAGGUGGACUUCAGGGAGAGGAGUAAAGGACGCAUCCAGAGACAGCUAGAGAUCACUGGCAAAGCCACGACAGACGAGGAGCUUGAAGAGAUGUUAGAGGGUGGAAACUCGGCCGUCUUCACUUCAGGGAUCAUGGACUCUGGGAUCUCCAAGCAGGCUCUCAGUGAGAUCGAGGCGCGACACAAAGACAUUGUGCGUCUGGAGAGCAGUAUCAAAGAGCUGCACGACAUGUUCGUAGACAUCGCCAUGCUGGUGGAGAGCCAGGGUGACAUUGUAAACAAUAUAGAAGCUCAAGUGUGUAAAGCGCAGGAUCAUAUAACAGUGGCUAAGACUGAGACCAAAAAAGCCAUCAGGUACCAGAGCAAAGCACGCAAGAAGAAAAUAAUUAUAGCAGUGGUCUGUGCUGUGCUCGCUCUCCUCAUCCUCGCCAUCAUCCUAUCACAGACAGUAGGGUAAUAGAUGGACCACGUCCCCCAACCAACCUCACCCUCUUCAUUCAUCUUCAUCAUCACUCAAUCUUGCCCUCCUCCAGCUGUAAAGCCAAAGAGGGGGAUGAAGACUCAACCUAUCCCUCCUCUUGCCCUUGGACACUCCCCCUCUUACUGUACCAAUUGAAAAAGGCCCAGCCAGUGGGACUUCCUAGUUGGAGCAGGCUGGUGUCCCCCUUGAAGUGGCUGAGAGGAUGAGCAACAGGUGGGAGAGAAACAAGGGGACCAAAGCUGAGACUGGUUAUUAGCAUCUGAUAAAGCUAAAAAAAAAAGGGAAUCUGAAGAAGUGGAAAUCUUUACCCUCACACACAACUAAAUGGACACCAUGCAACAUUUCAUUGACAUUCUCUGAACUGCUCUCUAUUAAUCCAAUAAUGUCAAUAAUUUGAUUGAUCUUGAUCCACACUGAAGGGAAUCUGACACUCCUCUCCCCGUAACAAAAACCUCCAUCUACUUAAUGUACCCCUACCACCACCCUUGCCUUAUUGUCUUGCCAUUAUGACCCUCCAAGCUGAAAAGUAGCCAUCCACAGCCUCCUCCAGCCCACAGAGGAAUGGUGCGUUGUUUAACUCACCUAUGAUUCUUGUAUGGGGAGAGGAGUGUCAGUAUGAAAAUGUAUGCACUCACUAACUGUAAGUCGCUCUGGAUAAGAGCGUCUGCUAAAAUGACUAAAAAAAUAAAAAAAUAAAAAAUUUAUUGAGGAGGGACACCAGUGGAUUUCACUUCAGUCUAUGUGAAGGCAAUGACUCUGUGCAUGUUUGAUGCCACUUGAAUUGUGUUCUUUUUUUACUCCUAAAGCACACCUUACCUCUGAGCGUUUGGGAGAGAUCUUAGUCUAACAUCUGAUUUGCUUCUUAAGCCGUCCUUUACAAUCUGUCCAAUCAAAUUAAUUUCAUGCACCCCACACCUCAGACGCUGUAGCCAUUGACGAGGCCCUAAAUGAAAUGUGACAUUGAGGGUCUGGAAAUUUCAAGCUGAACAUUUUUUAAAUAGUUUUUAAAUGUAUUUUAAAUGUAAUCUUCACUGUAGUAUUAUGGUGGAUUCCAGAGAUUUUAAUGAAGGAAUAAAAUAUUUUGUUUUUUAA